AUGCCCGUCAGCUCCGUCAGCGUACACGUCGUCCAGAGCCCCGAAGACUUGGCCGCGUGCCACAAGAUCCGCGUAGAUGUCUUCGCCCACGAACAGGGUUUCCCCCUCGACACCGAGUUUGACGACUACGACCACACGGGCGACUGCGUCCACUUUCUCGCAAAGGUUGACGCAACACCCGCAGGCACAGUGCGCCUCGUCCCCUCCAAGGGCAAGUUGACCCGCUUGGCCGUGCUGGCGUCGUAUCGGUCUACUGGGGCCGGGCGGGCGCUCGUGCAUGCCAUGGAAGAGUGGCUCAUGAGUGAGGCCCGCGCUGGGCGUCUUCAGCAUCUCGUCAAAGAGGGCCGCGCGGGUAAGGCCGUGCAUGUCAAGAUCCACUCGCAGAUCCCCGUUAUCAAGUUCUACGCAAAGCUCGGAUACUUGGAGGAAGGGCCGCGCUUUGACGAAGAGGGCGAGCCGCACCAGCUCAUGGUGCGCGACAUUGAGAUCUAG